AUGGGUACACAAGAGGGUGUACAAAUACAAAACAGGGGCCAGACUCCUGAGAAUUACACAGGUGGAAUUUUAUCACAAUAYAAGGUCUCCAGAAUGACACCUAAUUUUGCUAAUCCAUCUGCAAUAGCAUUUAGUCCCUUGGAAUCCAGUACAGAGAAACAUUCGUUGGAGCGAAUAGGUCCCUUGCCUCUGCAAAUCCCUGUAAGAGCUGCUAACACUUCUGCCUUUGUGGWGUCAGCUAUCCCAAUCGGUCCACUGUAUACCCAGCAGAUACCGCCAACAAGAGCAAAAUCUCCAAAGCUUGGUCGGAGAAAGAACUUGACUGUGGAGAACUCCGAAGGAAAUGAUAGCAGCAGCUCUCGAUCAGGCAGGCUGAGUCUUGAUGAGAAAAGCUCCCAAGAUGGCCUUGCCAAGGGAACAUCAGUAGAAACCAAGAAGCCCCUCAGAAAGUCUCUUCCUAAACUGCCCUCUCAAAAGUCCACUUUAGCCAGUGCAACAGAUGGUGACACAGCUCCUACAGAAGAAUCAGAGGAUCAUAACCUAGAAAAGGUGGCUGCUCCAGCUGCUGUUCCAUGCCAAACUGAGUCCAACCAAAAUGGUGGGUCUGUUGCUGAAGAACAUGUAGAACCCUUGGAGCAGGAGACGGAACCCAUUGCAGCAGAGAAUUAUGUGGAGCAGCAGUGA